UUUUUCAGGACCCCUUUUUUUUCCCAUAAAUCUUUAGUUAUGGAUCUGAGCAAUGAAGAGUACAAUUUCCAGAUCCUUCAGGAAAUGGAAAAUUUGAGCAAGAAAUAUCCAAGCCAAAGAAAAGGCCAAAUUGAAGUGCUAGCAACAUCCUUGUCUGAUCACCUAUUUAUGGAACUCCAAAGCGGAAACUACUGCUCGAGUCACAGCACAAAUUGUUCAAGAAAACUUGGAUUAUAGCUUGGCUGAUAGCAGCUGAGACCAAAAACUAUGGCACCUUUUCUCUCUCUUUCGGUCUCCCACCUUCCAGUUUGCAAAUUUCAGGACUUUUCUAAGGAUACCGACUUCCCCAAAGGAACUAAUAGAGAAAACUCUUCUGCCGAAGUAGUCUCAGAUACCAAGUUAAGUAAAAGGAAGCUGUUGAGUUCAACUGCUUUGGGUCUGAUUGGAGGAAGGCUCUCAGUUGCUCAGGCAGCAAAAGCUGAGCCAGAAAGCCCGAUCGAGAGCACAUCAAAUGGAAUGUCAUAUUCAAGAUUUUUGCAGUACUUGGAUGAAGGUGUUGUGAGGAAGGUGGACUUGUUUGAGAAUGGGACCGUGGCGAUUGCUGAGAUAUAUAGUCCUGCACUUGAUAUAAUCCAGAGGGUAAGAAUUCAAUUACCAGGAUUGCCACAAGAAUUGCUGAGGAAAAUGAAGGAGAAAAACAUAGACUUCGCUGCUUAUCCUAUGGAUGCGAACCGGUCAGGUGCUUUACUUGACUUGUUGGGGAACUUGGCAUUUCCAUUGAUUUUGCUUGGCGCUUGGUUGCUAAGGAGCUCAUCUACAACCACUCCUGGAGGUCCAAACUUGCCUUUUGGACUUGGAAGGAGCAAAGCCAAAUUUCAGAUGGAACCUAACACUGGAGUAACUUUUAAUGAUGUUGCUGGUGUUGAUGAAGCCAAGCAAGAUUUUCAGGAGAUAGUUGAGUUCUUAAAAAACCCAGAGAAGUUUGCUGCAGUGGGUGCCAAAAUUCCUAAAGGAGUACUUUUAGUUGGACCUCCUAGGACUGAAAAGACAUUGCUGGCUAAGGCAAUUGCAGGAGAAGCAGGAGUUCCUUUCUUUUCACUUUCUGGAUCAGAGUUCAUAGAGAUGUUUGUCGGGGUAGGAGCUUCAAGAGUAAUGGAUCUGUUCAACAAGGCAAAAGCUAAUUCGCCAUGCUUGGUGUUCAUAGAUGAGAUUGAUGCUGUUGGAAGGUAGAGAGGAACUGGAAUUGGUGGAGGAAAUGAUGAGAGGGAGCAAACUCUAAACCAAUUGCUAACUGAAAUGGAUGGUUUUACCGGCAAUACUGGAGUUAUUGUCAUUGCUGCUACUAAUAGGCCUGAAAUCCUGGAUUCUGCUUUGCUAAGGCCUGGAAGAUUUGAUAGACAGGUCACUGUUGGGUUACCUGAUAUUAGAGGGAGGGAAGAAAUAUUGAAGGUACAUAGCAACAACAAGAGACUGGAUAAGGAUGUUUCUCUGAGUGUAAUUGCUAUGAGGACACCAGGAUUCAGUGGUGCAGAUUUGGCAAACCUUAUGAACGAAGCUGCCAUUCUUGCUGGUAGAAGGGGCAAAGACAAGAUCACAAUGAAAGAGAUUGAUGACUCAAUUGAUCGAAUUGUGGCUGGAAUGGAAGGAACAAAGAUGACAGAUGGAAAGAGCAAAUUGCUCGUGGCCUACCAUGAAAUUGGACAUGCUGUUUGCGCAACAUUGACCCCAGGCCAUGACCCAGUUCAAAAAGUCACUCUGAUCCCCAGAGGCCAAGCUCGAGGCCUAACAUGGUUCAUACCAGGUGAAGAUCCUGCUGUUAUUUCCAAGCAACAACUCUUUGCUAGAAUAGUUGGAGGUCUUGGUGGUAGGGCAGCGGAAGAAAUAAUAUUUGGAGAACCAGAAACUACUACAGGUGCAGCAGGGGACUUGCAAAAAAUAACCCAAAUAGCAAGACAGGUUUGCAUCAAGAAAAUCUGA